CAAAAUCCAACAUUAUUCGGCAUGAUUCUGCCUCUGAUAUUGGUCUUGUAUCUGCUCUCUACGGCGGCUUACCGUCUAUGGCUGCAUCCGCUGCGCAACUACCCUGGCCCGUGCUGGUGGGCUGUUUGGCGAGUUCCAUAUCUGAAGGGCACCAUUCGAGGGACGAUUGUCAGAGAUAUCCAGCGAUUGCAUAACCAGUAUGGUCCCGUUGUACGAAUCGCGCCAGAUGAACUUUCCUACAUCACGCCAGAGGCAGCAAAACCAAUCUACACGUCCAGUCCCGAAUUCCCCAAAGACCCAAUGCAUCUCCCUCCGUUUCAUAAUGGCGCCCCUGGCAUUCUCGCUGCCGACUACGCCCACCAUCGGCGAUAUCGACGGCUUCUUGCCUCUGCCUUCUCUGAAAAGGGACUUCGCGCACAGCAGGGCAUGAUUCAGAGCCAUAUUGAUCGACUAAUGACUCGUCUCCAGGGGAAUUGCUCGUCGGGCUCGCUGGACAUGACCGUCUGGUUCAACUGGGCGACCUUCGAUAUCAUCGGCGAUCUCGCUUUCGGGGAGCCGUUCGGCUGUCUCGAGAGAAUGGAGACUAACCCAUGGAUUGCCUCAAUUCAGGGCAACGUCAAAUCCAUCCCGAUCCUAAACGCUCUACGUCGGUACCGUCUGGACAGGCUCAUUGAGUUCCUCGCGCCUCCCAGGCUACUGGAGAUGCGACGGCGUAAUGCGCAGUUCACAGCAGAAAAGGUCGAUCGCCGACUGAAGCAUGCAACGACCACGCGCGGCGACCUGUGGGACUCGGUGCUGGCCGACCCUCCAGAUGGUGAGCCUCCGAUGUCGCGCGCCGAGAUGGUCAGCAAUGCCAGCGCAAUCGUUCUUGCGGGGAGCGAGACGUCGGCAACCACUCUGAGCGGGUGUCUUUGGCUGCUUCUCACGAACCCUGAGUAUCUGCAGCAGCUCACUGAGCGUAUCCGCGCUCGGUUCAGCACGGCCACAGUCAUUGAUGCACAGACGGUGACGCAGAUCCAGGGGCUCCAGGCGGUCCUUGACGAGUCGCUACGCCUAUAUCCUGCAGUGCCAAUGCAAAGCAACCGUAUUGUUCCACCACCGGGCGCCCGUCUUGCAGGCAGCUGGGUUCCGGGAGGGACCUCGGUCGCCGUCCAACAGUUUGCUGCCUGUCGCUCCCCCACCAACUUUCACCGUCCAGACGAGUUUAUUCCCGAGCGGUGGGAAAAGGAAGGUGAGUUCAUCAAUGAUCGGCGGGAGGCCUCGCAGCCAUUUAGCAUUGGUCCCCGCAAUUGCAUCGGACGCCAGUUGGCUCUUGCCGAGAUGCGGCUGAUCCUGGUCCACCUCUUAUGGCACUUUGAUAUAGAACUGGACCGGCGGCGCAUGGAAAAUAUGGACUGGAUGGCGGUGCAGGGGAUCUGGAUCCUGUGGGACAAGAAACCGCUGUGGGUUGUGUUGAAGAACAGAAGUACGUAGGCACCAAAGUCUUUGCAGCGCUAGUAUGGAUGCUAGUACUGCCACUGUACAGCUUAUUGCUUUACUAAGAAAUUAAAGUAGUAAUGCCCGG